UAAAUUGUGAGUCCCUAAUUUUCGUCAAACAUUGAAUUGUAGAGAAUUGGUGUGACCUAAAAGAUCUGAACGAAGAGCGAAAGCCAAACUGAUUACUUCUCUAAGGAAAAAACUAACCCCUUAAUCUUCUUCCUCCAAGCUUUCCCCUGAUUUUCGACCCUAAUAUUCUGCAAUUUGGCGGGGUUGGUGCUUCAUUGUGCUUUAUUUUUCUUCAGUUGCUCCUAAGAUAAUUUUGGUGGAAGAAAAGAGACGGAUCAAUGCCGAAGGGUAUGAAGAGUAAAUGUCAAUCUACUUCUCAUCUGCUUUUGAAGGAAAAAGCAAAGAACCGUGUUAAUGACCUUCAAGGGAUAUUCACUAAUCUUCAAAAUGCAAGGAAGGAGAGUCGUACUACUGACGUUGCUGUCUUGGAGGAGCAAGUCCAUCAGAUGCUCAGGGAGUGGAAUGCUGAGCUGCAUGAACCUUCACCUGCAUCUUCAUUUGUUGAGGGUAGUCUUGGAUCAUUCUCACAAGAGUUAGCCCGUCUUCUUGAGCAUUGUGAUGAGCAAGAUGAUGCCACUAGUACAUUGGCUGAAUCAAAGGCUGAACCUGAACUCCACUGCGUUCUUGGCAGCAAUCCGUCAAAUUUUGUACAGGAUGGUUUUUGUAUUUCAGAGCUCCAACAAGAUAGUUUUUUCGGAUUUGAGGAGUGCAAAGUGUCUCCUCUAGAUCUUCAGAAUUAUUCAUUUUACAAAUCGGACAUGGCUACUCAGUCUAAUUGUCAAAGUUUCAAAUUAGAUCAAAACUUAAAGCAGACCACAGUGGUCAGUAAGGAUGAUAUGUCUACUUUGAAUUGCCAUAUACUGAACUCACAUCCAGAGUUUGACUAUGGGGUUCUCAUUGGGCCAUCGGAUGUGGGAGACUUUAGUCAGGACACAAAGCCCAGUAUUCUCCCAAAUAUUGCACCCCCACCAUCUGCUUUUAUGGGCCCGAUAUGUGCUCUCUGGGAUUGUUUCAGACCUGCUCAAGGAUCUAAAUGGUGUCAGGACUAUUGCAGUAGCUGUCAUUCUGUUCUUGCUAUAAACGAAGGCCUUCCUGGAAUGAUUCCAAUAUUGCGUCCUGGGGGAAUUGGCUUUAAGGAUGGUCCUUUGUUUGCUGCUCUUCAGGCGAAGACACAAGCCAAAGAAGUUGGAAUACCCAUAUGUGAUGGUGCUGCAACAAGGAAAUCUCCAUGGAAUGCUCCUGAACUUUUUGAUAUUACAUUCCUUGAGGGGGAAACAAUCAGGGAAUGGCUCUACUUCGACAAGCCUAGACGAGCCUUUGAGAGUGGCAAUCGAAAGCAAAGGUCAUUGCCAGAUUAUAGUGGCCGUGGUUGGCAUGAAUCAAGGAAGCUAGUGAUGAAGGAGUUUGGUGGUCAGAAGAAGUCUUAUUACAUGGAUCCACAGCCAUCAAGCACUCUUGAAUGGCAUUUGUACGAGUAUGAUAUCACCAAUUAUGAUUCAUUCGCAUUAUAUAGGCUGGAACUCAAACAUACUGAUACAAAGAAGAGUCCAAAGGGAAAAUUGGCAGCGGAUCCUUUGGCUGAUCUGCAGAAGAAGAUGGGAAGGCUUACAGCAGAGGGCCCUGUUGAGCUUGGACAACAAGUUAAAGGCAAGAUGACGACGAAGACAAAUAAUAAAGUCUGAUACUGCAAAUAUCAACCUUGCUCUGCAUCAUCAGAAUAUGACCAACACUAACUGAUCAACCGAUUCUUAUAAUGGCACAUAUUGGAGUCUCGCCUGCUGCUGUACUUUCUUGGCAAGGUUACUGUCAGUUUUAGUCUCAAAGUGCCUGCUUUAUGUUAAUAUAUACUCUUCGGCGCAUUGUGUGGUGAUCCAUGGCAUUUUGACCCCAUUUUUUUUUAUAUAUAUAUAGAAGGGGAGAUUCUGAAUGCUAAAUUAAUCUAGAGGGGUUCUUUGGAGUUUCAUUCAAUAUGCAGGGAAAUUCCUGUUUCCAAGUUGGAUUUGAUCUAGAAAAUGUGUGUUUCCGUUUGUGUAUAAUUCGUUUAAAUAGUAACCUUUAGUUACUAAAAAAUUGUAUAGGGGUUUAAUCCUUUGAUGUUUUAGCCAUCUGCAUUAUUUCCAUUUCAUAGGAACACAGCCUUUGGGUUCGCUGGAUUUUAUCCAUUUCCAUGAACUGGAAACGUAAUUUGCAUAACAAUUGGUGGAUGGAAAUAUUCUGCUUUUCUUCGUCUCAA